UCCCCCGUGGCGCGGGAGAAUUGGGGGAGGCAGCAUUCUGUUCUCAUGCAUGGGUUGAGGCUUCCCCAUCUGCCUCUUUUGAACAAGUGUUUUUUUCCCCCUGAGUGUGGUGGCCAGUCCCUGGAAGUGAUCAGGUUAACAUGCCCACUCAGCUGGAGAUUGCCAUGAACAUCAUGAUUAGAAUCUUCCACCAGUACUCCUGCAAGGAAGGGGACAGAUUCAAGCUCAACAAGGGGGAACUGAAAAUGCUCCUGCAGCAAGAGCUCACGGAAUUCCUCUCGUGCCAGAAGGAUCCCCAGUUGGUUGAUAAGAUAAUGCAGGACCUGGAUGCCAAUAAGGACAACGAAGUGGAUUUUAAUGAAUUCGUGGUCAUGGUGGCAGCUCUGACAGUUGCUUGUAACGAUUACUUUGUGGAACAACUGAAGAAGAAAGGAAAGUAAAGAUAAGUAGUAAGCUGACCUAAGGGCAGAAAUCUAUCCAUAGUUAUUUGCUUCCUGUUCAUCUGCAGUCUUCAGACCUAUAGUUAUAGUAAUGCCAUUAAUAGAAAUAAUAUACAUAUAACUAAUUGCUAGCAUUAUUAAAUGGUGUGUACCUGAAUAUAUUGAUUUAAAUAUUCCAAAUCUUAUAGGCCCUGCUCGAAAUCUUCCUGUCCCAUUAAGGAUGUUGUAUGCCUUUUUGUGUCUGUCAAAGAGCAAGCGUCACAAAAUUUCACCACUUCCAAAUGAGACGGAAGCUUAGCACACUUCUAAGAGACACUUCUCACCCUGAAACUGUAUCUGGAACUUCUUAUCCCAUGAAUGAAAAGAGGUGGCUCUCCCACCCUCUGGUGAUUCUGCUUCACAUGGAAGAGGCUGCGCAGGUCUGUAAGCAGAAAGGCUGAUCAACAGAAGGGCUGGCUUUGUCAGUGAGAUAGGUCAGGAGAGGGCGCCAUAUUCAGAGCUAGGUAUUCAAGCCACAAGAGCUGAAGCCAGCAGCUCUUGAAGGCUGGUGUAUAAGUACCUUCCUUUGCUCCUUGGGUCCCCUAAUUCUGGGGCAUGUAUUUUACACCACUUCCCAGGGCUUCCCCUGGGGCUAAGCUUCAGUUGCCUGCCCUGGGAGGCUGGCUUGAUAUCACACCUUCUCUGGCCUACCUCCUUUUCUUUGUCUCACCACACACGCCCACCCUGUGUCUCUGCCCCUCUCAAAUAGCUGACUCGUAUGCAAAUCCUUGGCUCACUCUCUGCCCGGGGGAACCUAGACUGUGGCAAGAUCCCUCGGAGAAUUUUAGAAAGAAAAUGGUGGGUUGUGUGUGGAAACACUUACCCUGGCUGCUGUUUGAAGAAAGGGCUAUAGAGAGGGCCAGUGUGGAAGACAGAGACUAGUUAGGAGGCUGUUCUUUGUUCUGAGUGAGAGACGAUGGUGUCCCAGGCCAGGAUUCGAGCAAUGGAGAUCAACUUGUUAAGUGUUUUGGAUGUGGGAGUGAUAGGACGUGCCAAUGGACUGGUGAGGAAGGGUCAGAAAAGAGAGCACCGCAGGGCAAUAGAGCACUCACUGCUCUUGCCCAUCCUAUGAAUGUUCUCCCUUUCUUCCAUGUAUUAGGGCCCUGAUUUGUGUGGGCUAAUAAUCAAUGUGCCCAGCUAAAAAAGCUGUAUUUCCCAGUCUCCCUUGCAGCUGAGGUGGAGCUUGUAACACAGUUCUGGACAAUGGGACUCAAGCAGAAGUCUCCUGGGAAUUUUGCUAUUUCCGUACAGGUUCUAUACCUUCACCUUGUUAAUUCGUUCCUUGUCUUUCCGUUGGAAUGUAGAUGUGAGGCUGGAAGUGAGGCUGCCAGCUUGCAACCAUGAGGAUAGUGAAGAAAAAGAUAGAAGGAGUUGGGACAUUGUGGUCAUUGAGGAGGCACAGCACAGCCCUGGUCUGCCUGUCUCUGGUCCUCCUAUUGUGUGAAAAAAGAAUGACUGUUCUCUGGUUAAGCCGAAUUCUGUACAUGCAGCCAAACAUAGUCUCUAAUGUUUAGAUUUUUGGUCAAGCAAAUGAUGCAAUUUACUAAAUGGGAAAGACUGAGAGAGGAACAGCUUUAGUGUGGGGACAUUGGGGAGAAUAGCUCCAU